UGAAGAUAUCGCUUCCUGUGUUUGGUCUGCGUGUGUGGAUGUGGAUGUCAUAUGCUGAGAUCAUCUUUAGUUUGAAAUCAAAAGGUUUAAAAGUCGUUGCAGAACAGCCAUGGUGCUUCUUGAAAACGAUUCGUUUUUGACAGAGCUGACACGGCUGUUUCAGAAAUGCAGGACCAGUGGGAGUGUGUACAUCACAUUAAAAAAAUAUGAUGGGAGAACAAAACCUGUACCUAGGAAAGGAAAUCCAGAGAAUUUUGAGCCUGUAGACAAUAAGUGUCUCAUCAGAGCCACGGAUGGAAAGAAAAAAAUUAGCACAGUGGUAAGCACCAAAGAAGUAAUAAAGUUCCAGAUGGCCUACUCGAACCUGUUGAGGGCCCACAUGGAUGGACUGAAGAAGAAAGACAAAAAAAGCAAAAGCAAGAAGACCAAAGCCACCCAGUGAAAAGACAGUCUUGUGCAAAGUGCUGCAGCACCUUCCUUUGCUCAAUAGUUCAAGCAGGCCAGCCCAGAUCCCAUUACCUCUCACACACCUACAUUGAAACUGAAGCCGCAGAACAUAUAAAUGCAAAAAAAAAGAUUGACCUCCUCUCAGGACCUUUAAUUGUAGUCCUCUUCUUGGAAAACUGGAAUGGUUUUUGCUUUUAUUUUUAAAUCAGUUGCUUGGAUGGAUCAAGAAUUACAUGAAAUUCUUUCAAAGGUUAUCUUUAAAAUAAUUUGCUAGUAGUAACAUCUGCGGUCUGAGGAUUCAGGUUUAAAAGGUGUCUUCUGCUAAACCACCACAAGAAAUCUGCGGCCACUGAGGAAGCAAACAGCAAGAAAAUACCUUGUUACAGACUUAUAAAUGUGUACACUAUGAGAUUCCAACAGAAGGAGCAUACUGCCAGGUUUCUGGAAAGCCGGGUGCUGCAGACAAUCUCUUCUAAGAUGCGUGGGUGACUAUUUAGUCUUUUCUCAAACAUUUUGUUCAUGCUGGAAAAAAGUCUUUAGUAUAUUUCAGUGCAUUUGUAUCAGUCAUGAAUAUUGUAUCUCGCCAAUAAAACAGCAGGGGCAUAGAUUUCAUUUUUAAUAAACGGUGCUAAAAUAAUUGAAGUAGAGUUAGUUUAGCUUUGCCUGAUCCAUUGACUAAAACAUGUUUCCGGUGCUUGAAAACAGUUACAUUAGUUUCUGCUAACAGUUAAGUGAUUGAAGUUCAUGGUGAAUUUUUUUUUUAAUUUCCAGAUUGCUGGCAAUUCUUUUUUCUGUUAAUGAAAAAGUUAUGAAACAGGUCUGGAGCAAAGACAUUGAUGAACAGAUGUAUCUAAAAUAUAAUAAAAAAAUACUCCUCCACCA